GUGUUUUUCUCUUGAUUGUUUACUUUAGACACAAGCGACUGUUUAACGCUCUGUGUUUUUGAUAGUAUUAGCACAAUCAGAUGCAAUACAUAACUUAGUUCGGUAAUUAGGCGCCAUUGAAAAAGGGACAGCAUCAGGACAGCACACAUGAAAUGUUUAACCGGCAAGACGUUAAAACAAAUAAUGUGUUUUUGUGAUUUCGAAUAAGUGCAGUGCAGAGUUAACACGUGAAUGUAUGUCGCAUUGUACAGUGUAUUCAGACGGAGGCGUUAGAACCGCCGAUCAUAAAGUAGCACGACACUACGAUGUUUCUCAAAAAAAAAGCAGAUUGUGAAGAGUUUUUAUCGUUCACGAUCAAAAGUCGUUACAUCGCACACCCUUGCAUACGUUUUUUUUAAUCUUUAGAAUCGGUUCAAAACCGGUUAAAUCGAUCUAGUGAGCACCACUAAUUAUACUACCACUCACUGUCCAGUUACAUUAGUAUCUUAACUAGUCUCUUUGUUUGACAGAGAUUUCACCUCAGAUUGGCCUGCAGUAUGGCACAGGGCAGAACUCAAAGACAUCAAGAACAAAACAGCAAACCCAUGGCACUGUCCUUCCACCAAUUAAUCGUUCAAGUGCUCCUAUUUAUGAAGAAGAAAGUUAUUCAGAAAAGGAACACAGUGAAGUGUUGAGAGCCAUGCCCGUACACAGCACUAAGUCAUCGGAUGCUUCUCGCCAGCAGGCUGUGCCAACAUUGAGACGUUCAUUGAGAAUAAGUGGCAAAAAAACUGAUGCAUUGGCCACAAUGAAAAACACUCAACUACUGAAUGCUCAACACAGGUCACUGCCUACUAAAAUAAAAGAGGGUCCAGACACCAAAGAGUACAAUAAAGAGUUCAAUACGCCUUUGACUACAUGUGAUAGACCAACAUUAACCCCUAAACCUUACAUUAGUCCAGGUUGUAGAGGCCAAGGCAUUACAGAAAGAAAAUCAGGCAAAGUCCUAUCACUUAGGUCCAUCCACAGGCAAAAUCAUUUCGGAGAGACAAAGCUGCAUUUAGCUGUGAUGAAGGGAGACAUUCAAGAUGUCAAAGACUUGAUCACAGUGGGUGCUUCGGUUAAUAUACAGGAUUAUGCAGGUUGGACUCCUCUCCACGAGGCAGUGCAGAGAAACAAGUAUGACAUGACAGAAAGUUUACUUGAAGCUGGAGCUAAAGUAAACUGCAGAGGAGAUAAUGGAAUCACACCUUUACAUGAUGCCAUUGAGUGUCAGUAUCACAAGAUUGUAGAUCUACUUCUGAAGUAUGGUGCCGAUCCAUUAUUGAAGUCUGACAGAGGGAUGACUCCUAUAGACAUGACCACAGAGAAAUCUAUGUACGUACUUGUGGAGAAAUAUCUGCAAAAGAAUAAAGAUAAAAAUACACCCAGCACAACUGAUUCUGCCAUUAAUCCAAGUGUGAGCCAAAGAAAAAGCCAGAAUUCCAUUACAGACACAAGACGUCCUCUUCAGAAAUCAACAGGAAAUGCUGAUACAAGUGAGCGUGAAAGCAGCCCACAGUCUGAUGAAGCUGAAAACCAUCCCUGUUCAAGAAUGGACAACCAAGCUGUGAUCCUUCCAUUCAGGCCUCUCUCCAAGUGCAAUCAUCACCUCAGACUAGCACCAGUGUACUGUGGCCUGUGAGGAACCAAGAGCAGGACUUCUGUAGCCAGAGUCCCUCACUGGUUCAAGAUCAGGAGAGCGAGGAAGCAGACACCUCAAGCUGGAUAGACAGUGAUGUUACAAUGGAUUAUAUAGAAGAUUAUUCAUCAUCACCAGAACACUGGACUCUGUGUGCUACUCAAGAUUUCUCUGGUUUCUAGAACAAUUGGGAUGUUUCAGCAGAUUUUUAAAUAUCUGAUAAGUUAAUUCAGUUCAAAUCUGACUCUUAAAUUUUGAGUUAUUUUAUGUAACUUAGUACUCUUUUUUUUUGAUCUUUUACAUCAUUUGAACUGCAUAUUAUCUGACAUAAAUACAAAACAUAGUAUGAACAGUAUACAUCCAGUAUAUGUUCAAAAUACUGGAAUUUCGCAACAGUUUUUUUUACAUUAAUUACAUUUGUUUGGUUGUGUGAAGUAAAAAGUAUUUCAUGUAAAUUACAUUUCAUAAUAGUAAAAUCUACUAAUUUGCCUUUUUAAGAUUUUUGUGUAUGAGUGUGUGGU